GUUUAAAUUCCAAACGGCUGUUGUCCAGAGAAGACGAGGGGUUUUCAAAAGAGAAUCGUUCGUAGUCAACGCUGCACCUUCGUAUGCUUUGACGAAGUAUUUUAUAAGUUCUGCCGAAAAUUAUCUGUCAUAUUGAGGAUGAGUUCGGUUGACGUGAAUGACGAGAAUUGUGGGGUCACCCCUGGAGGAAAGCACAACAGCUCAAGUAACGAUAUAUUUGCCCUGGAUCAGCCGACUGGGAGGCCCUCCAUCCUGCGUCAGACGGAGAAUCUGCCCAGCAAGACUGUAGCAAAGGGGGCGAAGGUUUGUUUUCAAACUCCAAGAAGAGAUCCUGUGACCAAGAGAAUUUUAUCUCCCAGCAAGUCUGUCAAGAUGACAUCUGUGGACGAGUGUACAAAAGCAAUGGAGUUCCUGAAUUUGGAUAAAUCAAAUACUUUGCUGCAGGAAACCACUGAGCUGCCCAAACAAGAUCCGUCAUCUUAUCCCGAUGACAACAUGCCAAUACAAAGCAAGGGAGGCUACCUGGUGGAUUUCGACAACCUUGAGGAUGUCAAUCCAUUUCAGAGCUCUAACAAGAUGGUUCUUUCUCCUCCAAGGCCAGCUGUAGAAACCCUCGCUAUAGAUCAUGUUGAGCCUCGACCCCAGACACCAGAGAAUAUCUCGGAGGAGCCGACCAAAAUAGAAUCGGCGCUCGACGAGACGCUUCCGUUCAUCCCAUCUGUUGAGAACUCGCUGGCUGACAUCUCCGCUAACGUCAGCUCCACAGAGAGCAGUGUGGUCACAGUGGUGAAGUUCCCCGCUGUUGAGGAACAAGAUUCGUGCACCGCUACCCCCGAUGAAAAACAGCCAGCAAACAGGUCCAUGAGCGCUGAGCAAGACAACCCAUCGGGCAGUUUUGUGGAGGACGCUCCACUGCCGGCGAAAGGUUCUUACAGCUUUGAUUUCGACAACCUUGACUCAAUCAAUCCUUUCCAGACCGGAGGCUCCAAAAUUCAGAAUUCCCCCGUCAUUGGUAGAAAGGCGUCACAGGAGGCUGCGCCCGCCGAGGAAAACAAGCCCCCGAGUGUCGCUGACGUACCCGAGGCGGCCCAAGAGCUGCCUGUUCAGCCUGAAGUGAAGCCCGUGGCUACAGUGGCCCCAAUAUCUGCCAGCGCAGCCCUGCCUGCAGCUGCUGAUUCCCCGCCAGAUGAUCUCCCAGUCAAAGAAGGCCCAGUCAAACUUGAGUUCAGUUUCGGUGAUGGCACUGAGGUCAAGAAGAAACCUCCACCUAAGAAAUUGGGCAAAAGGCCACCUGGUCUGAAGCCUAAGGCGGCGUCUGAUGUCAAGCCACCAAAAGAAGCUGCAGUGAAGCCAGAUGCUAUUGAUGUAGCUGAUGUUCCAGUUCCCAAAAGCUCUUACUCAUUUGACUUUGACAAGUUUGACGAUCCAAACUUCAAUCCUUUUGGCACAAAAUCCGGCAUGAGCAACUCUCCAGCGUGCAGCAAGAAGUCCAGCCCUGUGCUCGCAGAAACGGCCGUUCCAGAGCAAACCGACAAGCCUGCUGAAAAGGAAGCGAUAUCACCAGCAAGCGCUGAAGAGAGUUUGCCAGCCAGCAACCCUGAAGUGCUGGCUGAUCAGGGCGUUGCCUCUGACCAUGAUAAGGGACCUCAACCUGGAGCUGAAGUGCAGAGUCUUCCAGAGUUCCCCGAACCAUCUCAGCCCGACCAGAAGUCCCAGCUGCUGGACUUCAAUGAGGAGUUUGUUCCUGGAACUACGUUCAUGGCCAAUGACUUCGAUGGACAGAUUGACUACCUUGAGCAGUUUGGGUGCAGCAGUUUCAAGGAGUCUGCGCUGAGGAAACAAUCUUUGUACCUAAAAUUUGACCCCCUCCUGAGAGAGAGCCCCAAAAAGUUAGCGGGCCCCGGAGCACAGGUCCACGCCGCUCCCCUCCCUGCCUUCGCUUCCCGACUUGAAACUCCACAGGUGGCUGAGAAAGAGCCAACAGGUGGAGCACAAAAAGAUGCUUUCAGGCUGUUUGAUGAUGCUCCCGCACCAGCCCCAGUGCUGAAGAGCCUCGUCCCUCCUUUUCCCCAGCAAGCAAACGCAGAGGAUGCCAUCAUUGAAAUGCUGAAGUACAGUCAGAAAGACAUGGACGCAGCCAUUGCCAGAGUGCAGGAGGAGACAAAAGAAAAAGAAGAGCAAUGGAGUGCAAAGUAUAAAAAGCUGACUGAUGAUGGUCAAGAAAUGAGGAAAAUAAUUGCAGAAUAUGAGCUUGUGAUUGCAAAAAUGAUGGCCGACCAGGAGAAGGAGAGGGAGGUGGCCCAGGCGAAGCUCUCCGAGGCUCUGCAGGAGAAGGAGCAAGUGUCCAACGACCUGAACACCAUAGAGAGAUCCUUCUCUGAGCUCUUCAAGAGACUGGAGAAGUACAAGGAAGUUAUUGAGGGCUACAAAAAGAAUGAAGAGACACUGAAGACGUGUGCCCAGGACUACCUGGCAAGGAUCAAGAAAGAGGAGCAGCGCUACCUGACUCUCAAAGCUCAUGCCGAGGAGAAAAUUGGCCAGGCAAAUUCAGAAAUUGCUGAGGUGCGAUCGAAGAACAAGUCUGAGAUAUCGGCACUUCACGCCCAGCUGCGCAGGGAGCAGCUGAAGGUGCAGUCGCUGGAGAAGAGCCUGGACCAGAAGGAGAAGGAGGCCGAGGAGCUCACCAAACUUUGCGACGAACUCAUAACAAAAGUCCAGAAGGGCUGAGCUCAUUUGUAAAUACUGUACGUUUUAAUUCAGUUCUUGUUCGUGUCCAGAUCAUCUCCCUGUUCAGUAGAUUGUUUGUCUUUAUCAAUGUUCUCGUAGUACUGUAAUAAAUGUAAUAAAGAUGCCUUACAAGUUUGA